CGGGGGUUUGAGGAGCAGAAGCGGGCUGUCCACAUGGUCCAACCACUGGCGUGAAAGUUGACUUCUUCAGAAAACAAGAGAACAGGUGCCAGUGAUGAUGGUGGAAUCAGCCUCUGAGACCAUUCGAACGACGCCGUCCAACCAGAACGGAGUCAGCAGCCUCAGCAGCCAAUCAGAUGGAGGGGGAGGUAGAGAGGGCGGGUCUAACGGAGACACCAACGGAGAGAUCAGUCCAGUUGACUUACUGCACCUGCAGCAACAACAGGCGCUCCAGGCAGCCAGACAGUUCCUCCUCCAGCAGGCCUCUGGACUCAACUCCCCUGGCAGCAACGAGGUCAAACAGAGCCCUGUGCAGGUGCCUGUGUCCAUGGCGAUGAUGAGUCCACAGAUGAUCACUCCUCAGCAGAUGCAACAGAUCUUGUCUCCCCCUCAGCUCCAGGCCCUGCUGCAGCAACAGCAGGCUUUAAUGCUACAGCAGCAACAACUUCAGGAGUACUACAAGAAGCAGCAGGAGCAGUUGCAUCUCCAGCUUCUGACUCAGCAGCAGCAGCAGCAGCAGCAGCAGCAGCAGCAGCAACAGCAGCAGCAGGCCGGGAAGCAAGCGGCAAAAGAGGUGAACUUCACCAAGUACACACUCACUCAGCUCAAGUACACUCUGAAGUACACAAUCGGCAGACUCACCACCCACCCACCCACCACCCCCACAAACUCCUCGCCGACAGCGGUCAACCAACUCGACCGUGACCAAAGCAAACCAGUUGUGGUUGACUUGCAUGUUGAGAGGCAAAUAGGCAGUAAGCAGUUGGCCUUCCAGCAGCAGUUGAUCCAGAUGCAGCAGCUUCAGCAGCAGCACAUCCUCAACCUCCAGAGACAAGGCCUGGUCCCACUGCAGCCCACCGCCGCCAUGCAGUCUCUGCAGCAAGCGAUGUGUCCGUCAGACCUCCAGCAGCUGUGGAAGGAGGUGUCGGGGGUGCCAAGCAGUGAGGAGGCCCUGAAACAGGCCGAGGGCCUGGACUUGAGCACCAACAGCUCCAAUUCUACCUCAGCCUUCCCCAAAGCUGCCAGCGCUCACAUCCCACUGCACAGCCUGCCCAACGGACAGAGCCACACCCCAAAGAGAGACAGCAGCCAUCAUGAGGAACAUGCUGGCUCCCAUCCUCUCUACGGCCAUGGAGAGUGUAAGUGGCCUGGCUGUGAAGCACUGUGUGAGGACAUGGGACAGUUCAUCAAGCACUUGAACAAUGAGCACGCCCUAGAUGACCGCAGCACUGCUCAGUGCCGAGUCCAGAUGCAGGUGGUUCAGCAGCUGGAGAUACAGCUGGCGAAAGAGAGUGAGCGACUCCAGGCCAUGAUGACCCACCUGCACAUGCGCCCUUCAGAGCCAAAGCCUUUUAACCAACCUCUGAACCUGGCUUCCAGCGGCUCUCUGUUAAAGCGGGACAGCGAUGCCUACCCAGAGGGUCUUCCCCACCCGCCCACCUCGGCUGCCACCCCCAUCACCCCACUGCGCCAGGGACCCUCGGUCAUCAGCUCCUCAAGCCUGCACACACACUCCCACUCCCACACGCACGCUGUCGGGCCCAUUCGUAGGCGCAACUCCGACAAGUAUUGCACCCCCAUUGCCUCAGAGCUGGCUCAGAACUGUGAGUUCUACAAGAACGCUGAUGUCAGGCCUCCCUUUACCUACGCCUCUCUUAUACGUCAUGCCAUUCUGGAGUCUCCAGACAGACAGUUGACUCUCAAUGAAAUCUACAACUGGUUUACACGAAAGUUUGCCUAUUUCAGGAGAAACACAGCCACAUGGAAGAAUGCCGUGCGUCACAACCUGAGUCUGCACAAGUGUUUUGUUCGUGUUGAGAACGUGAAGGGGGCCGUGUGGACUGUGGAUGAAGUUGAAUACCAAAAGAGGAGACCACCAAAGAUGACCGGAAGUCCCACUCUGGUGAAAAACAUGAUUUCAGGCCUGGGCUUUGGAUCCCUAAACGCCAGCUACCAGGCAGCUCUGGCAGAGAGCAGUCUGUCCUUGCUAAACAGCCCUCCCCUGGUGACCCCUCCGUCUGCGGCCAGCCUCAACAUGCUGCAUGUGGGCCACGAUGAUGUCAGCUCCACUGUGGAGCAGGUCAACAGCAACGGCAGCUGCAGCCCCACGCUCAGCCCUCAACAGUACAGCCACCCGGUGCAUGUGAAGGAGGAGCCCACUGAGUUGGAGGAGGACAGUCGGCCAGUAUCCCUCCUGGCCGGCGUCACACACAGCCUGCCAUUGCCGAGCGACGAGCGCGAUCUGGAGGAGGAUCUUCCCACCGAGGAGCUGGAGUAG